AUGUCGCAAGGUGCCAUUCAGGCUAUUCUUGACUGCAUCUCGCUGGCGAAUGCCCUCUACGACAUGAACACGGUUUCGGACGACGACAUCACCAACGCCUUCAAGCGUUACAGAACCGAGCGCUUUCCCAUUGCCAAGAGCUCCGUGUAUGGCUCCCGGUCUUUUGGCAAGCUGCUGGACUAUCAGGGCAAGCUCUCGGACUUUAUUCGCACUAUCACCUUCAACAGCGUGCCCACCUGGAUCCUGAGGCUGGCGACCGACAAGAUGCAUUUGAAUCGACCUCAAUUGACCUAUCUUCCCAUGGUCCCCGAUCAUGGCUUAGCCAAGGCCCAUGUCCAGGACUAUUCGCCAAAGUACCUCGCAAUGCUGGUCGAAGAGCGUCAGAAGGCCCUGGCUGCCUCUACCGCAAGAAACUAUAGCCAUGACACCCAGAGGGAGCAGCGGAACGGCGAUCUCUGCGCAGCCGUCACCGGUGCGGAGCCAGAAACUAGGAAUGAGAAUAACAACCUUCACGACACACGACCCAUCCGCCAUAACCACGGCAACAACCUUCACCACAGCAACAAGAUCCACGCCGACUACCCUACUGACCCCAGUGUUUACGACAACCGUAACGACCACAACAUCGAACACAAUGACUGCAAUGAUAGAAUACCUCGCGGCGAACGAACCAAUGGCAAUGGUAAUGUUGGUCGAAAGACCCAGAAUCGUUCCCGCGAUCGAAGACAUGAGUACCUCGCCUCCGAUUUUUACCCGUUUCCUGAACCACCAACUGCGAUCCCCACCACUCCUCGCCAACACCCACUCCACCACCAAUACGACACCGCAUCCAUCCAUUCUACUUCGACCACGAGCUCUACAAGGGAAACCAGGAGAAAAACUUCUCGCACUGAACUGGUCCCACCCCCUCUGCCCACUCAAGCACCUCCCCGCCACCACCUUCCUGAGUACUUCCAUCUCCACUCCGAGGACAACGUCAAUCCGAUGAUCGCUCCUCCUCUUCGCUCGCCCUCUACACGGUCCUUCAACCUUGGUCCACAGCACCAGCAGCAGCACCAUCAACAACACUAUAAUCAGCAGCAGCAGCAGCAUCAACAGCAGCGUCCAUCAACGGUCAAGCGCAAUACGAUCAUUAGCGCAAGAAAUAUUGCAACAACAACACCACCAGCGACGUCUUCUUUGUACUCGACUGCGUCCUCUUCAGUCGCCUCCUCGCCCUCGUCUUCCCCCGCAAUCCAACCCGCGACUGCUUACGAAUUGCACAUGAACCCCGCUCGAGAACACCUCCAUUGGUCCGAAGGGUACAACAACAGUACCAGCCAUUUUAUCGACAGCCUUCAACAUCAUCACCAUAACGGCAGUGCGCCUGACGACAAUGGUCUCUCGUCUUCUUGUUAUUCCCAGCAACAGCAGCAACAGCAGCAAUUGCAACAACAGAUGGAACAGCUUCAAUUGCAACAACAGAUGGAACAGCUUCAAUUGCAAGAGCAGAUGCAGCAGCUUCAACACCUGCAGCAACAGCAGCAACACUUGCCCAGACUUCCCCGAUCACCCUUGAGGUCAUCAUCCACAUUCGAAGUUGAAAAUUCUCCCUACAAUCCAAACCAUUAA